AUGUGUGAAGGAUUAAAUAUAUUAAAACAGGGGGCAGAAGCAAAGUUGUUCAUAUGUAAUUAUUUAGGAAAACCUACUUUGAUUAAGGAAAGAUUUAAGAAACAUUACCGGCACAUUGAUUUAGAUGUAAGUAUAACAAAAGAAAGAAUUAAAAACGAAGCACGGUUAAUUGUUCGAUGUAAAAUCGCUGGUGUGAAAACACCAGCAUUAUACUUGGUAGACUUUGAAAGACGUCGCAUUUAUAUGCAGCAUUUUGAAAACAGUAUUACAGUGAAGGACUUUAUAAUAAAUGUUGUUGCAAAAAAUGAAAAAGAAAUUGACAAGGCCUUAAAUUUUGUUGCAAAGCAAAUUGGUGAAACGGUUCGGAAAAUGCAUGAGAAUAACAUUAUACAUGGUGAUUUAACAACUUCAAACAUGUUACUGGUUGAAAAACUCCCGAGUAAUGUACAGGACGACACUAAAUGGUUUCACUAUGAUAACUUAGAAUUAGUAAUGAUCGAUUUUGGACUAUCAUUUAUAGAUACAAGUACAGAGGAUAAAGGCGUUGAUUUAUAUGUAUUAGAAAGGGCACUAAUAAGUACUCAUAAUAACUUUCCCGAUUUAUUUGAAACAAUUUUGAAUUCAUACAAGAAUUUCAGUACGAAGAAUAUUAAAGAAAUUAUAAGCAAAUUUGAUGAAGUACGUGCUAGAGGUCGGAAAAGAACUAUGGUUGGAUAG